GUGCUCUCUUCAUUUGGUGUGCAGGUGAUAGAAAGAGAAAGGACAUCCGUCCGGGAUAGGGUGGGGGGAAAUUUGGAGGAAGGGUCCCAAUCUCGCCAUAUUGGUGGUAACUGUGUAAAGCCCGUAUCACACUGGCGCUGGCGGCGGCGCUGGCGCUGGCGUUGACGCUGGCGGCGGCCGCUGCGCCAAUCACACUUGCUCGCUGCCGCUGCGGUUGGCGUUGGCGUGCACAGCCUUGCAGUGCUCACUUAAACGUGUUGACACGUUUUUUUUCGUUAGGAAAGGCGCCGAUUGCUGUCUGCUAUUUGUAAACACGUAUGGUGGUAAACACAAAAUAGUUGUCGAGUGAAGGAUAAAUUUCGACGAAAUGGAUAGAGUAAAUCGCUACUAUAAUGAUUAUAUAAACUACUUAAAUAGAAGGAGAAGGGCUACUGCUAUAUUUGGCCUGAUACUAAUAGAGGAGUUGAGGAAGCGUUAUCCAGAGAGAAGUGUGUGGAUUCAUCACUAUAUUGCUCGAAGAGAUAGACUCGGUUGUCACAACACUCUUUUUCUAGAGCUGAGUACAGAAAAUCCUGAGAAAUACAGAAAGUGUUUACGAAUGAGUCCAGAAAUGUUCCAGUGGCUUGCUGACAAGAUAAGGCCUCUUGUGGAAAAGCAGGACACACAUCUGAGGCGUAGUAUAUCUGUGGAGCAGCGUCUCUCAAUCACACUCCGACAUUUAGCCACAGGAGAAACUCAGGAAUCACUGCAUUUCCAAUUCAGAGUGGGUCAGAGUACCAUAUCCGGUAUUAUUAAAGAAGUUUGCGAGGCUCUGUACACGGUGCUGAAAGGUACAUAUCUGAGGUUUCCUGAAUCCCAUGAAGAAUGGCAAAAUAUUGCCUUUGAAUGUGGCAGCCGGUGGAACUUUUACAAUUGCAUAGGGGCAAUGGAUGGGAAGCACAUCCUGAUUGAGCCUCCUAUCAAAUCAGGGUCAACCUAUUAUAACUACAAAUGUCAGUUCAGUAUAGUUUUGCUGGCAAUUGUGGAUGCUGGGCUGAGAUUUAUCUAUGUAGAUGUUGGAACCAAUGGCCGCAUUGGAGAUAAAGGAGUGUGGAAUAAAUGUUCCAUGAAAACAUAUCUGGAGGAAAAUUCUGGAAACAUUCCUCCACCAUGUCCGUUGCCUGGCUCAGAGAAAAACUUUCCCUUUGUAAUUGUGGGGGAUGAAGGUUUUGCUCUCUCAAGUAGAGUCAUGAUACCCUUUUCGAAAGAGCACUUGAGAGGAGAACGCACAAAAGCCAGAAGAAUAUUCAACUACAGACUGUCAAGGGUCCGUCGUUGUUCUGAAAAUGCCUUUGGGCUCAUUGUUAAUCGCUUCCAAAUUUUAAGAAGUGCCAUGCGCUAUGAUCCUGAUGCAGCACGUUCAGUAACGCUUGCAAUAUUAUGUUUGCACAACUUGCUACGAACUGAUGCUUUGGGAAGGAAGCUCUAUUCACCCCCCGAAAUGCUUGAUAGGGAGGAUGAGUUAACAGGUAUUAUUCACAGAGGAGGAUGGCGUGAAGAAAUGGGGAAUGGCCUGCAGAACUUAGGUCAUCAGGGUGGAAACCGCCAUGCUGCAGAACCACUUCAAUUGAGAGAAGAUUGGGCGGAUUAUUUCAAUGGUCCUGGGGCUGUGCCUUGGCAGGAUCGAAUGAUAGCUAUUCCAAUAUGAAAAGUACUAAAAUUUAAUAAGUGAUGUAAAACAAUUCUUAAUAUAACAUAAUGAAUACAGCACAAAA